GUUCGUAUAAGGCGGUGCUAGAACGGCAAAGCUCUUUCCUUUCUCGUUAAGGUCUUCCUCCUCCUCCUCCUCUCGAUUCUCUCGCUCUCAAUCUCAAAUUCAUUUCAUUUUCCUCAAUGACUGCUAAUGCUUCCUGUGUGGACCCUACUUUACCUCCCACACAGCGGCGCCCAUUAGUCUUUACUUGGUUUCCAAGCUCACCCACCUCUCUCUCUCUCUCUUCUGCGCCAUCCUCAUCCUCUCCCUCUUCGUUUUUAUUAUAAAGAAAUCCAGCCCUCCCAUAUCUCUUCCUUCCCUCACCGAAACCCUAUCAACCUCAUAAAGUUUUAUUAUUCCUCCCUUCUUCUUUUUUUAUUCACACCCACACAGACCACCCCACCAAUCAGACUCGCCAUAGCUCUAGUUUCCAUCUCAAAAAUAUACAUAAUAAACUAUAACCAUGAAAGGUGAAUACGGAGGUGGUGACACCAAGAGUGAAACCCAAAACAUGUUCUCGAAGCUUCACCAUCAUAACAACCCACAGUCUCAUCCUCACCCUCACCCUCACCACCCCCAGCAGCAGCAGCAGCAGCAGCAGUUCCACCACCAUUUCUCCAACCCAUUUCAGAUAACCCCAGUCCGCGACUGUCAGCCUCAAACUUCUGAAGAAGAAGAAGACACCAGCCGAACCAGCAGCGGCACCGCCACCAAGCCGCUCGUUUCAGAUCCCAACAACCCCACCGGCGGCGACGGCGCCACUAUUGAAGUCGUCCGCAGGCCCAGGGGCCGCCCUCCCGGCUCCAAGAACAAGCCCAAGCCUCCCGUCAUCAUAACCCGCGACACCGAGCCCGCCAUGAGCCCUUACAUUCUCGAAGUCCCCGGCGGAAGCGACGUCGUAGAAGCCGUCUCCCGAUUCUGCUGCCGCAAGAACAUCGGCCUCGUCAUCCUCACAGGCUCCGGAACCGUCGCCAACGUCACUCUACGUCAGCCGUCGACUACUCCAGGAGCUACUGUUACCUUCCACGGCCGCUUCGACAUCCUCUCGAUCUCCGCCACGUUCCUUCCGCAAACGACGGCGACCGGCCCGAUCCCGAACGGCUUCACCAUCUCCCUCGCCGGACCGCAGGGCCAGAUCGUCGGAGGACUCGUCGCCGGGGCCUUGAUAGCUGCCGGAACUGUUUACAUCAUCGCGGCGUCGUUCAACAGCCCUUCGUACCAUCGGCUGCCGGUGGAGGACGAGGCGGCGCCCAGGAACUCGGUGUCGGGAGGGGAAGCUCAGUCGCCGCCUCUUUCGACUGGCGGGGAGAGUGGGGGUCACGCGCCGGCACAGUCUUGUGGGAUGUCCAUGUACAGCUGUCACGUGCCUACCGAUGUUAUCUGGGCUCCGACUGCAAGACAACCACCUCCUCCGCCACCCUACUGAGCAACCAGUUUUUCCAUCGUUAGUUUUUUUCUUCCACUGGAAAUGAUAUCGCGAUCGGCACUCCAAAAACUACUCCCUGCACUCCCCUACUCCUUCACAUAUGACAGCCAGAAGAGUGUAGAUUGCUGUUGUUGGAGUGACGAUGGCAACUCCUUUCUCUGUUUUCUUCUGGGUUAAUUUCAUGGGGAAUUGAAGCUUACUGUGAAUUUAGAAGCUGCUUGGUUAAUUUUUACUUUCAUCUGGGUACUGUUUAAGAUUUCUUUUGCAAAUUUUUGUAUGUUUCAUGUUGAUUAAUCUAGAUGGUAAUGUUAAUGCUAGUGUUUAGUGCUAA